AUGCGCUCUCUCGCCAGGGGUUUCACUUCCAGUGCCAAGACCUUAUCCGAGUCGACCUCGUCUGCUGCUGCUGCACCGGCUUCAGCCUCUGCACCUCGUCCACCACGAUCCAACAAGCCAUCGCAGCGAUUGUCCCAGUCGGGCGACAGAGCCUCAGAACGUCUUCGUGCGGGCCAACGCAAUCGCUCAUCCCAGCAGACCGGUCAAAACGGAAACAAGACUGCGGGCAACGAUCGACGCAACAAGCGUCUGCCUUCGGUGUUUGAUGCUGCAUCAGCCUCGGCACGAUCUCGUCCCAAUGGAGGCGCGCGAGUCAAGAGCUUGACUCACGGCUCUCAGAGCAAAGUCCCCGCUCCUCUGCCCACCACCGACUGGAACAGCCCGCUCUUCUCGAAACCCGGCUUCGAGCGCAUGCUGGCAUCCGCUCCGCGUGCCUCGUCGGUCUUCGUCCCCGACCUCGCAGCUGCCGCAUCUUCUGCACCAGCAGCGAGCGGCAAGGGGAAAGGCAAAGCUGCUGCCGCCCCUACCAAGGUUGCUGGCGCGAAACUCAACCUGCCUGGAAUCAAGACGGCGGUGAACGCGCUCAAGCUCCACAUCCGACCGGGAGGACGCAACAUCCUCGGCCCCGUCAACAACCCAACCGCCGUCGCCUCUGGGGUUUUGUCCCACAACCGCGUAGCCAUCUCGUCUCGAGCAGCGGCGUCCGACAACAAGUCGUUGGCCGAGGAACUCAAGGCGGCCAGGAUCGCACUACAGAACGAACAGAUUGGAGGUUCGUAUGAGCGGUUUGGGUCGCAGGCGGUGGUGAAGGCGGCAGGUGUGCAGGCUAAGGAUUCCUCGCCGCCUGCCAAGGCUGUGCGGGAUGCGGCGCAGGCUCUUGCUCUCAACGCUGAUCUUGCUCUUGAAGCAAAAGGCUAUGUCGCAAAGACCAUCGCGGAGCGAUUGAGCGCUUAG